UGUCCGUUCAUGUGGUGGGUUUUAUUCGUCGCUCUCGACGUCCGAACUCUGCAUCUGUAAUUUCUUCAAAAUUUUCCAUCUCCGUUCCGUCGAAUCCAAAGAAUGGCGUCCGAGAUGAUCGACGGUGCAACAGAUAAUUUGGUGGAGCUCAUCGUGCGGGAUGAGCCUCCGUCAAUGGCUGACGGGGGUCCGAUCUUGGAGGAGAUUGCUCCUCUGUUGACCCAAGCUGAAAAGCCCAAGAUCAACAUCUUCACCAUCUCUUAUCCUCGAAGAAAACCUAUGGAGCAGGUGAAUAAAAUCCAUGAUAAUGAGGUGUCACCACUGUCCCAAUCCAUUAUUUGGAUUUGGGGUGGAUCAAGAUACUCUGGUCUGCUGUGUGCUUCUCUAUCUUCCAUAUUCUACUUCACCAUGGAAGUUUUGACGGAUGUUUUUUCUGCUCAGUCUAUGCCAAUUCUUGAAAUGGCUUUUACAAGAUGUACAAUUAUUACCAUACUAUCGUAUUUGUGGUUGAGGAGGAGUGAGCAACCAAUAUUUGGACAGACACAUGUUAGGAAGCUUUUGGUUUCUCGUGCCCUAACAGGACUUCUCUCAAUGUUGAGUUUUAUUUACAGCAUUCAAAGGUUGCCUUUGUCUCAGACAGUUGUAUUAAGCUUUACAACUCCCAUCCUGGCUUCAAUUAUGUCGAGAAUUAUUUUGCAUGAAAAGUUGAAAAUUUCAGAUUUUGGCGGUCUUGCUUGCAGUUUCUUUGGUGUUCUACUUAUUUUCCAAGAAAUAUUCACUAUUCAAGGGUUAACUAAAGCUGGGAAAGAAAGCACAAAACCAGCUCUGGGAAGUCACUAUUUAUAUGCAGCAUUAUUUGGUUUUGUUGCAUCAAUAGCUGGUGGCAUUACCUACUGCCUUAUAAGGGCUGGUGCAAAAGCAUCUGAUCAACCCGUUGUUACAGUUUUCUUUUUCGGCAUGCUGGCUUGUCCUGUCACUGGAAUAUGUACAGUUAUCUAUGAGGAUCUGGUGCUGCCAAGUUUAAAUUCAUUUUUAGUGAUGCUAGUGCUUGGUUUAGUUGCUUUUUUGGCCGAGGUGUGUUGGGCUCGUGGACUUCAACUUGAGAAAACCAACAAAGUUGCUAACGUUCGGUUUUUAGAGGCUGCACUUGUGCAAUUGUGGCUUAUUGGCGUAUUGAGAGUGGCUCCUGUCGGUCGAUUAGUUGGAAUUGUACUCAUUUUGAUCUCUAUGUGUUGGACUUUCUACGUCGGUCCUGAUAAAGAAAUUGAGUAACAUGUACAAUUUUACAGUGUUCGCAAGGAAGCCAAAGUCUUUCCAUUUUUUGGUUGUAAUUUUUUUUAUUUUAUGAAUAUUUUUUUUCCAUCACGGAUUCAUGGUGUGCAUUUUUGUUAAUGAUGUUUUUUUCGAGUUAAAUAGGAUUUUGCACACUGGAACCGUUUGGUAGUAAUUUGUAAGCAAUUUCCAAUGUGUUAGUAUGAUCAUUAUUUUUUAUA